AUGUCUAUUGUCAGACUCGACGCGGAGGCUCCGAGGGUAGCUGUAGAAGAUGUCGUGAACAUCGCUGCCAAAGGGGGCAUAAAGCUAUCGGACCAAAUGGCAACGGAUUUUGUCACGCUCGUCAGCGGUCUCGAAGCCGUGAUUGCCAAUUUGCCGGACGACAGCUGUGUUAUCCCCAUUCCGGACCUCAGCAAGUACCCACGGACAGGCAUUCACGUACCUGAAGACAACGAUCUCGGCGGAUGGGCAACAAAGGUUACUGCAAAAUGCACAGCUCCUACCAGCGACCUACUCAAAGGCCGAACAAUCGCGUUGAAGGACAAUAUAGCGUUCGCUGGAGUGCCAUGCACAAACGGAACAUCCAUGGUAGAGUGGACACCGAAAGUCGACGCCACCGUCGCGACUCGCGUGAUGGAUGCCGGCGGUAUCAUCGUCGGCAAGGCCGCAUGUGAAAACUCCUGUUUCGAGGCUCUAUCGGCGUCGUCUAUUACCGGCAAUGUACACAACCCUUGGGCCAAGGGGUACAGUGCUGGGGGUUCCAGCAGCGGCUCCGGCCGCCUCGUAGGGACCGGUGCUGUACAUAUGUCCAUCGGCUGCGACCAAGCUGGCAGUGUCCGAAUCCCUGCGGCUUCCUGUGGAAUCGUCGGACUGAAGCCGACGUGGGGUAUGGUACCGUACACGGGCAUAAUCAACCUGGAUGCGACGAUUGACCACGCGGGACCGAUGACACGCACAGUACGGGACUGCGCCCUGCUUUUAGAGGCGAUUGCCGGCCCAGACGGAUGGGAUGACCGACAACUUUUACUGGGGCUCGAUGACGAGAGACUAAAGUUUGUCGAGCCUGUCGACGAGGUCGUGUCGAAGCCACAAGGCAAAAUGUUGAGUGGUAUCAAGAUCGGGGUUCUCCAAGAAGGUUUCCAGAUCGACGGCCAGGACGAUAACAUUGUCAAGUGCGCCCAGGCCGCAGUGGACAAGUUCGAAGCUCUCGGCGCAAAGGUGGCACCGAUUUCAAUCCCCGAACACAAAUUAGCGUCCCUUGUCUGGAUGAGCUCUAUCUCGCUCUGUGGCGGACAACAAGCCUUGUUAGGCGGGAUGGAAGGAAGAAAGCAGCUUUACAUGACUGACCGGUUGUCAUUAGUUGGUCCCCACCUUACCCAGCAGCAGUUCAGCUCUCUUGGCCCUGGAGCAGCCAACUUGUACCUCAACCACUUAUGGUUCUCAGAGAAGUACGGCCCGGCGCUUCAGGGGAAAUGCAUGAACCUCCAGAAGUUUAUCAGCGACGCCUAUGAUAAGGCGCUGAAAGAAUUCGACGUCUUGGUCAUGCCUACACUACCACACCCAGCUCCGAAACUCCCGGAGAAUGGCUACGAAGAAGGAAUACUGAAAUUUGCGAUGAGGACAACAGGAAUGAUAGCCAACACAUCGCCAUUCGACAACUCUGGACACCCUGCUCUUUCGAUCCCAGUGGGCUUUGUUCCUGCUAGAGAGGAUGCCAACGUCAAGCUUCCUGCCGGAUUGCAGCUGGUUGGCCGUAAAUAUGCGGACGCGGAUUGCCUGAAGGUUGCAGCUGCCUGGGAGAAAGCAUAUGAUUGGAAGACCUUGUAA